AUGGAGGAGACUACGCCUUCCGAGAUAGGAGACGACAAACAUAUACAUCUUGCAAAUGGCAAUCAUUGCCUGCGAUCUAGAAGCCUAUCUACAAACAGUAUAAUAGACUUAGAUGGCGAUGACAGUCAUUCGAAUGAGAUGCCCCAACCACUUUACUACAAACGUAUUUACUGUCCAACAAUCAUAAAUACUUUUAAGACGCGUAGCAUAGAGCUUUCCUAUCAAAGGUACUCUCGGAAGCAGCGACAAAAAUCAGUCAUACAAGUUAUUUUCUAAUUUCUACCACAGGUGGCACUAAUAGUUAUAUAUACAAUAACUGAUAAACAUGAUGCCAUACCGAGUAUAACACAGGUAUCAUGGACAGCUGCGUUCAUGUGUAUCAAUCUGCUUCUAUGCUGCAUCAGCCUAUGGACAAACUUCGCGAACAAACAUCUCCACUGGGCCGCCGCCGCUACCUGGAUGCUGCUUCUUGUCCAAUGUUUAUGUAAACAAGGGAUCGGCUUUCAAGGAAUCUCAGAAUCUCAGAACCAAGUAUGGUACAUGCUGUUCGUAAUUUUUGUACCAUACGCUAUGUUCCCACUGUCCUUGUGCUGGUGUAUCACCAUCGGAAUGCUGUCUAUUGCAGCACAAUUCGUACAGACCCUGCUGGACAUUAAAAUGCGCAUAGCAUCUGAAACUACUGCUGUCAAUUGUCUUGGUAAUGACUACAACUGCACUCUUCGAAUAACAGCUAGUAAUUUGGUACUGUACGUAGCAGUGAACCUUGCCGGUCUGUAUGCCAAGUCCCUAAUGGACUGGGGGCAGAGGAAAGUUUUUCUGGAGACGCGAAAGUCUAUGAUCGCUUACGAGAAGACUAAAAAAGAAAGUGAUAGACAACUCAAGCUUUUUCAAAGCGUAAUACCAGACUUCAUGGCGGAAAAGAUUAUAGGCAUCUGUGCAAAAGGUGAGAUAAUUGAUGAGGAGCAGUUGAGUAAGCUGGUCAAUGUAACACCCAUCCACCAGGACGUGUCCAUACUGUUUGCUGACAUCAAGGGCUUCACUGAAUUAUCCAGUAAAUGCAGCGCAGAAGAAUUGGUUGAUACGCUGUAUGCACUGUUUGCAGGUUUUGACAAGCUGGCAUCGGAGAACAACUGCGUCCGCAUAAAGCUGCUAGGAGACUGUUACUACUGUGUCAGCGGGGUGCCGGAGCGGCGAGAGGACCACGCCCAGUGCUGCGUCAACAUGGGACUCAGCAUGAUACGCGCCAUCCGAGAAGUACGGGAAACUAUGAAGGAUACUAUGGAAGGAGAACUGGACAUGCGCAUUGGAAUUCACAGUGGUAAGGUGCUGUGCGGAGUGCUGGGCCUUCUGAAGUGGCAGUUCGACCUGUGGUCACGUGACGUCACCCUCGCACAACACAUGGAGAGUGGAGGAUUGCCUGGACGUGUCCACAUUUCGGCUGCUACUCUUAAAUGCUUAAACGGAGCCUUUGAGGUGGAACCAGGGUAUGGUGGAACACGAGAUCCAUACCUCAAGGAACACCAUCCAGAUACCUACUUCAUCAAAUUCCCGGAUCCAGAACCAAUACAAUACCCGAAAUUUACCCACAGAAACAGUCUGCCGUCAACCUCUCAGUUAACCUGGGACCUUCCUCCCGGCCGUCGACCAAGCAGCCUCGCUGAGGAAUGGACUCCGAAGUUUCCUUUCGCAGACUUAUAUGAUGUUAAUCCAAGCUAUGAAGAUCUCGCCCAAGACGUACCACCUAUAUCAGAAGUAGAGGAAAGCGACAUAAUAACACAUUUGCUUGAAACCAACCCCAUGCAACGAAUGCGCUUGCAAUUUAUGUACGGCUGGUCGCUGCGGUUCAACCGGCCCACCAUCGAGGCUCAGUUCGGAAGACUGGACGAGGAGACCUUCAAGUCCAACAUCAUGUGCUGUUUCGUACUCUGGCUCUUCGUUGUAGCUGUACAAAUCCUUGUUUACUAUAACUGUCCGACUCUCAUUGUGGUGCUAGCAGUAAUGACGGUGCCUCUAACGCUCUCGUUCGCUCUGGUGAUGCUGGAGGAGUUCACCUGUGUGCCCAUGGUGUUGUACAGGCUCUCUGUACAAUUCAACAAGAUGCGCACGUUCAAGAUUGUUCACAUCUGCUGUUUCAUCACUGUUAUGGCUGUAACCAGUACGGUAAAGCUUUACUCGUGUCCGUUGUUAUACCUCCCCGAGCGUCCGAACACCAACACUGCAAUCAAUAUAAUCUGUGCGCCAGACAAUAUAACUACAGUUAAAGAUCCAGUCGAGUGCUACCGGCCGGAGUACGUGGUGUUCACGUGGGUGCUGUGCCUGGUGGCGUUGACCUCGGUGCUGAAGCUGUACUUCAUUAUAAAGACCAUUCUAGCCAUCGUCAACGUAGUCAUGUACUGCAUCAUACUGGUCCGCUACUACAAAUAUUAUCAGACUAGGAAUGCGCUACUCCCUGCACAGAUGCUAGUCUUAAUGAUAGGGUUUCUAAUAGUGGUGGUGAUACACGCACGGCUUUUGGAAGUGAUCUCACGACUGGACUUCCUCUGGAAACUGCAAGCGAAGACUGAUCUCGAUGAGAUGAAGUACACACAACGGUCUAACAAGAAUUUGCUAAAGUAUAUCCUACCGGAUCAUGCAGUGAAGCAUUUCCUUAGUAAAGAUUGGCAACAGAAUCCAGAUAAAUUAUACUCUCAUGUUCACCCGGAGGUGGGUGUUAUGUUCGCGAGCAUUGCGAACUUCGACGAAUUUUAUUCGGACAAAAAUGCCCUCAAAUGCCUUCGUAUACUUAACGAAAUUAUAUUUGUUUUCGACAAAUUAAAACUACAAAAUCGAUACAAGUGCGUGGAAAAAAUCAAGACUGUGGGCGCAAUUUAUAUGGCUGCAUCAGGACUUCAAACUGAUCCAAAGAAAGGAGAGAAUCAAGGGCAUGAACACUUGUAUACACUUGUGGACUUUGCUCUCGCCCUCAGGGAAACUGUCAAAAGUAUCAGCUAUUACGAAUUCCGACUACGAAUUGGAAUAAGCUGCGGUCCCCUUGUGGGCGCUGUGAUUGGUGCAACCAAACCGGUGUAUGACAUCUGGGGCAACACCGUCAACGAGGCUUCGAGGAUGGAGAGUACCGGGAAAUAG